GUCUGUUUAUACUGCUCUGAAAAGCGGAAACUGUUGGUUGAGUUUGCAGCAGUAAAUUACUGUAAACAACCUAAUUUUCAGCCUCUGAGGAGGAAAUGGCUACAGGGGGAUAUCAUGGAAAACCACUGGAUACGGAAGAGGACUUACAGUGCCCUGUCUGUUUGGAAAUUUUCGAAAAUCCCAUCUCUAUUCCUUGCGGACACACGUAAGUAAAGUUAAAUUUAAUCAGAAACGAAGUGUACUUUUUAAUGGCCUUAAUUUGCUCUUAACGGAAGUAUCUUUUCAUUUCUCUAGUUUGCAUAUAUUCCUCUUAAACGUCUGUGACUUAGAUCUGACGAUUUCGUUCGUUAAGUUUUGCGAGUGCACGAAUGCAAGCAAAUAUACGAGACUUAUUCAAACCGGAAGUGAAGUAAGCCGGAAUUGUUUGUCAAAUUUCCUUGUUCACAGGAUGAGAGAGGAUUAUCCUUUUCCAGACUUCCCAUUUUAAAAAUGUUUCAUCACUAUCACAGAGCAACUGUCGCUAGAAUGGUGCAGGAGAAAGGUUGUCAGAGGCCACUAUUUUCAAAACACUGGAAAGUGAAAUUCUAAGAAAGAAGUAAUUUUCUAUAAAUCUUUUUUCCCACAAUAUAUCCAAUCCUGGGCAAGGACUCCAAAACGUCAGAUUUUUACAUCAUAUUUCAGACCAAAAGUGCUGAAAUCCCUCUUAUCAUAGCUGCUUAUACCUUUGAAGGUUAUGGGCCUGGGGUAAACUUAGUUUGGUGCCCUUGUGAUAUUGCAGCUAGGAAAGCCCUUUGGAGGGAAUUGUCUUGUCCAAGGAUACUGCAGAGCUUGCUAAACAAACUUUAGACCUAAAGCCCAGUGUGCUAACAGAGGCUUAAUGUCUCUCACAUGAAUAUAAAGGAUAACAACAUAUCUUGUGAUUUGAUUACUUACAGUUAUGGUAAUUUUGACAUGGGCUGUAAAGUGAUCCUUUAUGAGGACUUUACCUUUCCUGUGAUUUCAGUUUUUGCAGUGAUUGCUUGAGUUCAGUUGAAAAUCUUUCUGGAUCAUCCACAUGUCCUGUUUGUCGGCAUAAUUUCAACUUUAAUGAGAAAAGAAGAGCAAGAGACAUUGACCGGCAGAUUCGUCACAGUACAGGAACCUGUUCUAGUUGUAACAGACAGGUACUUACUUCUGCUUUUUUUCAGUGAGAUCUAAGGGCCAAGGGAUGAGGACAUAGCAUUUUUAGUAGGAGGAAAGGGGGUGGGGUGUAUCCACAGCAGACUGAUGAUUAAUUAAAGAAUGUUGAAUGUUACAUUUCCCUCCUGCUUCUUACUCUCAUUAAAGUUGACUUGUUAACUUCUCUGCCCUUUCUUCUCCAGUCUACCUCCUUUACUCCUUCACUGGAAACAGGGAGUUUUACCGAAUUAAAGUUAUGAAUAAAGGUGUUUCAAAUGAUUAUUGUUAAUGAAGACCUCACUGGAAGAAAAUUUUGUAAAAUCAACAUCAGCAAACAUUUAUUUGUCUACAUCAAUGUGAUCAACCUUCACUUUUUGAAUUAAUAUGAAUUUAAAUUUCAUUCAUGCACACCAUGAAAGUAAAGCCACUGAUUUAUUAAGGUAAAAUUGGAACCAAAAUUAACCAUUCCUCACUCGUAUUUCAAUAGAUAAUAUGCAUUACCUGGGGAUUUGAGGUCAUCAGUCCAUUAACUGUCACACCUUUGAUGUUGUUGGUUUUUUUGUGCUAGUGAUUGACAAUUCCAUGGAAUUUGAAUGAAUUUCAAACCUAAUAUCAACAAACAAUCAUGGAGUGCGAUCUGCAUAAUCUGGAAUUAAAAAUGAGCAUUGUUUUGGGUGGUGGCAACAUUCUGCUGGCCCUCUGCUGGAUAAUCACACAACACAACUGAUUAAAAUUAAUUUUCAUAGUGAAAAUUAUGAAUAGAAAUUAGGUAAUAGCUCACUUCUUUUGUUACUCUUUAUCACAGUUUCCUAUGUCAAGAUUAAGAGAGCACAGAUCAUCCUGUGAGACAGUUUCUCCACUACCUUUUGUCCCUGUUGCUCGUACCUCACAACCUAGGCCAGAGUAAGUUUUAUUUUACUGGAACAUUAUUGUUGCCUUAAUUAUGUGAACAGACAUUUGGGAUAGCAAGGUUACCAUGUUGCUAGAAUAAGUGAUUACUUUUACUGUCACCAACAACACUGUUCAUUUGAUUUGCUUUCUAGGCUUAAAAAUCGAUCAACAUUCAGUUGUCCCUUUUGCUCCCGAAGUAACUUGGACAGUAAAGCAAUGUUAAAGCAUGUGAACAAUUAUCACAAAAAUGAGAGGCAAUCUGUGGUAAGUUGAAGAAUAAAUUUGAAUAGUUUAUGUAAAUGAAAAAGGGAAACAAGGCUCCACUUUCCUAACCAAUUAGAUUAACCCUUUAACUCCUAUGAGUGACUAAGACAGAAUUUCUCCUUACAAUAUCAAUACAAUAUCAACCAGAUAAGUGAUGAGUAUAAAGAAAAAUAUCAAUUUGAGGAUAGCUAGUUGAUCCAAUACUAAAAUCUCUGAACUAACAUUAUAAGAAUUGUAUGGUUGACAGUAAGGAGAAUGACAAAUUUGAUCUGGAAGUUAAAGGUUAAAACUAAAACCAACUACGACUUGGUCACUGUGUUUUGCUGCACCUCAGGUGGUUUGCUUGUUUUACUGAGUUCUCUUUGGCUCAUUGCGAUAUCUUCCUUUGUUCUGAUUAGCUGUUGCGACUUUGGUGUUGGUUUUACAAAACUCAGACUAAAAGUGCUCUAAAAUAAUUGAUGUUGUGAUUCGUUGCGAAAUAGUCUUAGUAGGGAUGAGCUCAUGUGGCUGGUUUGUAUAGGGGGAAGAGGGAAGGGGGAGGUAAGAGUUAAUUGUUAAUCAUUGACAACAAAGCAUGGCAGUGUUGGGUUGUGUAACAUACUGAGAAAUAGAUUGAAUCAUUUUGUUUUAUUUAGGUUUGCCCAAUCUGUGCCAGCAUGCCGUGGGGAAAUCCCAAUCAGAAGAGCGGUGAUUUUGUUCAACAUCUUAAUUUGCGGCAUAACUUUGAAUAUGAUACAUAUGUGGUGAGUCAGUUUUGUGGGUUUAAAAAAUUAUGAUCAUUAAAGACUAAGAAGUUAAUUUUUCUUUGAAUUCCUGUGCCUAUCUUUGCCAAUUUUCAAUGUGUUGAGUGGAUCUUUAAGUUUUUUUCCACUGUGACAAUUACUGAACAUAUAUCUAAUGGAUAUUCUGGUUGCCUGUUGAAGAAAACACUUGCUUAGUAAGUGCAAAGGCAAUAUAUUUGUCACUAUGGCCCUAAAGUUAUGACAUUUGACCUUGCCCUGGCAAUACAGCCACCUCGUUAAUACAUUCAGUUUUGUCCAUUUGUGAGUGUAUGAACAGGGUUCCACUGUAAUCCUUGAAUCUCUUACUGACAUUCUUUACUGGGAAUAAAAAUAUUGAACCCCACAACAAUUUAUUGAGCUCUGCAGUUCAAGCUCGUAGGUGAACAGUAAAAAAUUUAAAUCAUUCUCAUCUCACAGGACUUUAACAAUGACGAAGAUGCAAUUCUACAGCAAGUUUUGGCUCAGUCAGUUCAAGACAGAUGA